AUUAUCGUGUCGAUUCCGUUAUCAGGACUUGGUGGUUUCAUUUGCAACGGUCGUUGCGUGGUGGUGGUGGUGCUCUUCCGCCACUGUACGGACAUGGCCUCGCUCUCGCUCUCCAGUGCACCGCCAUGUCUGCGCUUCAGUACUUCUUCACCUCUUCGUCAGACUCAACCACUUGGAAAUGCACACGGCUGGUGUUUGGGUAUGGAGAAGUUUAAGCCGUGCUCCAGGAGGAGGAGAACUUUGAUAUGUGCAGUCGGUCAAGAUGCGGAAGAAGCUUUCAAAAAGACAGUAGAAAUUGACAGGUUGAUAGAUCUGCUGAGGCAUGCAAAUCCUCAGGAGCUUCAGAAAACAGUUGUGGAGAACAUCCUGGCCUUCAAUGAGGGCUUCUGGAUUAGACUUGCUGCAAGAACUGAUACCUGCAAGUCAGAAGAUGAUAAAAAAGAUUACGAGGAAUUGGCUCUUUCUGUGAUGAGCAUAGUGGACCGCAUUGUCCAUAAAACUAAUGAAAAGAUAGAAUCUUCAACUGAUGUUCUCCAGGGAAUUUUAAAGCCUGUUGUUGAUGAAAAGGAAGAGAUUUCCUGGCCUCCCAGAGACCCUGAGGCUCUUAAAGCAAUGGAGGAAGAAGUAACGCAAAUGGAGCAAGAAGGUCAACUAGAUGAAGGAUUCCUCUCUGAAGUUAAUGCACAGUUAAGACAAGCAAAGGAAGAUGGAGACAAGCCCGGGCUUGUGGCUAUGCUACAGAAAGUCUUGCAACUUUAUGCUUCUAGAGUUCUCUCCAAGCGCAGUUAUGCCAAGAGAGGAAAUGAAGUGUUGAAGGCAGAGGAGUUUUUGGAGGUCCUUAUAAAAGCUCCAGAGGAAGAAUGGAAUAAGCUAUUGCUCGAUGGCAUGACAUUUGGGAAGGGCGAUGUUUCGCCAGAAGAUUUAUACGCAGUCAUAAAGAAGCGAAUAGAGCGAACUUUGAUCCGAACAGAAGGAGGUUCUUACCAGCAGAGGGUCCUCACGGAGUACCUAAAAGGCAUCCAAUCAAGAGCAGAGGAGAUCGUACAAGUAUUUCAAGGGAAACCCGAGUAGUGCGUAUGUGCAGUGUUGAUAGGUUUCCUGGGCGGCUCAUCAUCCGCACAUGAGCAUAGCUAGUCUUUGGUUACAACACUAGAAAGAAGAAGACGACAAUUCAGAGAACUUCAGAUUUUUCUGCUUAAUUCCAUUCGACGUUCCAUUCACGCUCGAAAAUCUGUGUGGAGCAUCUUGAUUCAUUUCAGAUGAGAAAGGUGUGCUCUACAGUUGCUCUUAAUGUAGAUUUAACUUCAUUGUUUAUUCACUUAUGUUGUUGAACUUGUAAAAUAUAUGGAGCAGUUUCAUGAAAAGCUUCGGCGAGUGAAAACUUAUG